CCCAGGACUUUGUGCUCGCUCGACACUAUUAGCUUGCGCUUCUCGUCUACGGACGCCGCUUCUCUCUUCCCGACCCCUCGCCCUCCUCUUCUUUUGCACAGUGCAUCAUUAACGAUCCUCUCACGAUAAUUUCACGACUACGAUUUCGUAACGACCGCUUUUUCUCGUCUUAAUCUCCAUGUACCAUCCGGAUCCCGCGUACGAUGCCCGGCCAUCUCAAUUUCGCCGCCCCUGGUCUCCCGAGCCCUACGACCCACUACCUCGAAGCUCUGGUGGCCGCUCCAACCCACCCCACUCCGAUCCAUUCAGGAGGAGGGAUUAUGAUUACGACGCAUACGACCCGUACGAUUUUCCUGCUCGGCGCAGGGAGCCCUCCGACGUCUCUGUGGAGGCCCUUGAUCUGGCAGACUACCGCAUGACGCUCCGGUCACUAGAGCAUAUGUCCCACGGCAUGUAUCCCCCCACACACCGGCCGCUUGCUGCGCGCAUGCCGACGUCUAUGUCUCGUGGCGAUACAUUAUCAUCUAACACACAUACUAAUUCCGGCGGGCGAAACACAACCCGAAGACCCUUCUCGCUUCCUCCGCCCUCCGUGCAAUCGCACUCUACCCGGAACUCACACCCUGCGUCACCCCGCUCCGCUAACAAUCACAAUCACCCUUACCUCCAACCACCACGCAAUUCAUCCCCGGCUCUCGACACCGCACACUUUCCCGCUUGGUCGCGCAACUGGUAUAACACUAACAACCCAGGCACCGCCGGCUCGAGAUCGUCGAUCCCAACACCGGUAUCGCCACCUGACAUGUACACCCCGCUGCCACAUUCAUCAUGGGGGUCCAAACGAACGUUCGAGGAAGAUGGUGUGGAUCCAUUCACGGACUCGAGCCGGGACUAUCUUCCGUGGAGUUCAGAACCCCCCGAGUACGGGCCAAUCGACCCGGCGCUCAAAGAAGAACGCAUGCGCAUGCUUGAGCGCGAGUUUGGGACGUCUUCGCGAAACCAGGACAGCUCAAAACCGACGGCAGCUAGCAAUGGGGAGUUUUUGGACGCGGAUGGGAAACCACUUGUGGGGACGGUGAAUGCCAAGGGCCAGCUAGUGACCAAGGGCCCGAAGAAGCGCAUCGCGUUGAGGGCGCUGCAGAUUGUGCUGGCCGGAGUGGCUGCUGUACCGUCAAUAUAUGCUGCAGCGCUAAUCAAACCGACUCCGGCCGCUCCCCCAGCGGGGACCGCAUCGGCUUAUGUUUUGUACGCAUUCUCUGCGAUCUUCGUGCUGCUGCUUUUGUGGCUGUUUGCGUUUCGUCCAUGCUGCUGUGCCGGCAAGCGGCGCAAACCGGCGGGACCUGCUGCAAACGGGAUGAUGGUGCUUCCUGUGACCACCCAGAACGGCAAGAAAGGCAGGAAGCCGAAAAAGGGCAAACACGGGAAACACGGUCCGCCCGCUGCCGGCGACGUUCAGGUGAACUUGAUCGUCGACCCGAAUGCCUUCGGCCGGCCUGAUGAUCUCGACGAUGACUCGGACGACGAGUAUGAUGAUGAGUUGGGGUCCGUUCCGGGUGGAUACGAUCCAGGCGCGGCUCGGCGAAAGCGGAGGAAGGCCCGACGACGGAGUGUGUUUGCGGGGCUGGCGAUGGAAGAGGCGUGGAAGCAUGCCCGUUCAUGGGCCAAGACGAUCACAGCGGUUGAUUCUGUAGGAUUUCUAGUGUGGGGCGCCGUGUUUGUGUUUGUGAUGAUUGGCAAGCGGUGCCCGAGCGGUGGAUUCCAGGGCUGGUGCAACGCCUACAAUGUGUCAACGGCGGCAGCGUGUUUGCUCUGGUUUUCGUUCGGGAUCGCCAUAUUUUUCGACAUUCAGGAUCUGUCUGGCAGCAAACAGUCACCUCGGACACGCACAUAGACGCUACUAAUGAAACUCACGACCUUUCUCCCCAUAUAUUCGUUAGUUAUUGAAUAUCAUAUUGCAUUACAGAUAAAA